AUGGCACCCAAAAAGAAGGCUAUGAAGAAGAACAAAGCAGAGAUCAACGAGAUGACUAUCAUUGUAGAAGACAGCCCCCUAAACAAGCUCAAUGCUCUAAAUGGGCUCCUAGAGGGAGGCAACAGCCUUAGCUGUGUUUCUUCUGAACUAACAGACACUUCCUAUGGCCCCAACCUCCUGGAAGGUUUAAGUAGGAUGCGGCAAGAGAGCUUUCUAUGUGACUUAGUCAUUGGUACCAAAACCAAAUCCUUUGAUGUUCAUAAAUCAGUGAUGGCUUCAUGCAGUGAAUACUUUUACAACAUCCUGAAGAAGGAUCCAUCAACGAAAAGAGUGGACCUCAACGAUAUCGCCCCUUUAGGCCUGGCCACGGUGAUUGCCUAUGCUUACACGGGGAGACUGACCCUCUCUCUGUACACAAUAGGAAGCAUUAUCUCUGCCGCUGUGUACCUUCAGAUCCACACUCUCGUGAAGAUGUGCAGUGAUUUUCUGAUCCGAGAGAUCAGUGUUGAGAAUUGUAUGUAUGUUGUGAACAUCGCCGAAACAUAUUGCCUGAAAAAUGCAAAAGCAACAGCCCAGAAAUUUAUCCGGGAUAACUUCAUCGAAUUUGCAGAAUCAGAGCAAUUUAUGAAGCUUACGUUUGAACAAAUUAACGAGCUUCUCAUAGACGAUGACUUACAGCUGCCUUCUGAGCUAGUAGCAUUCCAGAUUGCGAUGAAAUGGUUAGAAUUUGACCCAAAAAGGGUGAAGCAUGCAGCAGAUCUUUUAAGUAACAUUCGAUUUGGUACCAUUUCUGCACAAGACCUGGUCAAUUAUGUUCAAACCGUACCAAGAAUGAUGCAAGACGCUGACUGUCAUAAGCUGCUUGUGGACGCUAUGAACUACCACUUACUACCUUAUCAUCAAAACACGCUGCAAUCUAGGCGAACAAGAAUUAGAGGUGGCUGCCGAGUUCUCAUCACUGUCGGGGGACGCCCUGGCCUGACCGAGAAGUCCCUUAGUAGAGACAUUUUGUAUAGAGACCCUGAAAAUGGAUGGAGCAAGCUUACAGAGAUGCCAGCCAAGAGUUUUAACCAGUGUGUGGCUGUGAUGGAUGGAUUCCUUUAUGUGGCUGGUGGUGAGGACCAGAAUGAUGCAAGAAACCAAGCCAAGCAUGCAGUCAGCAAUUUCUGCAGGUACGAUCCUCGCUUCAACACCUGGAUCCACCUGGGCAGCAUGAACCAGAAACGCACUCACUUCAGUGUGAGCCUGUUCAACGGGCUCCUGUACGCGGUGGGGGGCCGCAACGCGGAGGGCAGCCUGGCUUCGCUGGAGUGCUACGUGCCCUCCACCAACCAGUACCUGCUGGGCGGCUGGAAUGAGGGCGAGAAGAAGUACAAGAAGUGCAUCCAGUGCUUCAACCCCGAGCUCAACGAGUGGACGGAGGACGACGAGCUGCCCGAGGCCACCGUGGGCGUGGCCUGCUGCACACUGGCCAUGCCCAACAGUGUGUCCCGCGAGUCACGGGCCAGCUCGGUGUCCUCCGUGCCGGUCAGUAUCUGA